CUUUUCCCUCCUCCUGAGCUCUUCCUCAGUGCCUGGUGUAGUCUGUCCUGUCGGACAGAGAGACACUCAGAAAUGGUGUAGGAUAUCAGGGAAGGAAGGCGAGCAAGGGGAAAGGACGAGAUAUCUGUAGAAGGAUCGAUACUUUGGAGGGAAACUUUGCGGUGCUGAUCGUUGAACAAGAGGUGUUGGACAGAGAAUCAGUAGUCGUGGAUCGAAUCCAGGAGGGUAUAGAGCUGCCAUGGAGAGGACGCAGGCCUCUGUGAGCUCCAGCUCCAGUGCUCCUGCACCAAGCAACCCCAUCAUCAUGUCCAUCUCCAGCAGCAGCAACAGCCAGGGAAUGGCCACCAUCAGCUCCAGCAUCAGUAGCAAUGUCAGUGCCAGCAGCAGACAGCAGACACUGCCACAGUUAUCAGUAUAUGGGGGAAUCCCUGACAGACAGACAGUGCAGGUGAUUCAGCAGGCCCUGAACAGGCAGCCCAGUACUGCAGCUCAGUACUUGCAGCAGAUGUAUGCAGCACAGCAGCACCAUCUCAUGUUGCAGACCGCCGCACUCCAGCAACAGCACCUGAGUUUAGCAGCGGUGCAACAGUCUACAGGCACCAAUCACAAUAGUCCUGUGGUGUUUUCAUAUAAAGACAAAAACAGCACAUUUUGGUAUGAUUUUCAGGCACAGCAAAAUAGCCUUGUGCAAGUAGCUAGGAGCCUAGGCCGUGCUGUUCCUUUGUCCCCCCAGCUCAUACUUACUCCGACCGCUACAGUCGCUGCUGUCCAACCUGAGGCCUCGUCGCAGUAUGUCAACCUCCAGUCAACCAGCCCACAGAUGCAGAGCCUGGUGUUGUGUAGCCAGCAGGGGGCAGUGGCCUCUUCUACCUCCUCUACCACUCAUCCCCAAAUACCCGGGCUCAGUGUAAAGCACAGCAGUGGAGGAGCAACUCAAGUGGCUCUUCCCAGCUUAUCUGUGCCCCAGCUAAAGAGUCUCAGCUCUCAGGCUCAGGGUCUGCAGGGAGCAAAGCCCGGCAUUGUGGGCACUUCAUCAGAGCCAGCAAAGAUGACUGAUGGUGUCAGUGAGAUGAAUGCACAUGUGAUCAGUAUGAGCCACAACAUGAGCACAGCAACAAACCAUCCUCUCAUCAAUACUGCAUAUGCACAAUUUCAGACCCAUCAACUGCUCCAGCAACACAAGCAGCAGUUUGUGAUCCAGCAACAAUCCCAGCUGCCUCAGCCCAGCAUCCAGACACAGGGCCAAGCCGUUCAAACUGUAGCCGUUCAACCUGCUUUAGCAGGUCAACAGUGUGCCAUCCCUGUGCUGCCCAAACCACCCGCUCAGCAAGCCUCCAUCUUCCAUUCGACUGUGAGUCCUAGAAUGCUAAACGGUCAGUCUCCCAUGUUAAAUCCCAGCAAAGUCAAACAGGUGCAACUUACUGCCAUCAACCUCCAAUUCCAGCCUCCGCCAUCCCAAACUACAGUGACAACACAGGAUAAAUCAGACAAGGAGAACACUGUUCCUCCUGCAGUAAGAGACGACUGCCUUUGCCAAAGUGAUCAGCAGCUGCUAUGCCAACCAGCGCAAGAGCCAGCCGUGACUGAACAAUGCUUAUAUGAUCGCAGCCAGCUGACAGUGAACGCAGAAGGCCCAGACACUGCAGUUCCUGUUCCUGCGGCUGCACUGGUGUGUGUGAAUGGUAACCCAGCCAUGACGUCGGGCAGCGGGAACAAUGCGCCCACAGUGACUGGCAGCACCCCGCACAACGGCCAAAGCAAAACCCCACAAGCCAUCGUCAAGCCCCAGAUCCUCACGCAUGUAAUUGAGGGCUUUGUUAUCCAGGAGGGAGCAGAGCCAUUCCCCGUGGAACGACCGCCGUUGCUUCUCGAGAACGUCAAAAAGCACAAACAGCAGCAGCAGUGUAACUCGGACAUGGAGAAGAAGGUUCAAGAUGCUCACACAGCAGAUUCCGAGAUGGAGGAUCUCUCACAGCAAGAUUUGAAGAAUAUGCAGAAGGAACCGACGCUCUCUUGUGAACUGUGUGGGAAAGUCGACUUCGCUUAUAACUUCAAGAGAUCGAAGCGUUUCUGUUCUACAGUAUGUGCAAAAAGGUAUAACGUUGGCUGCACAAAGCGAAUGGGUCUUUUUCCGAGACGGCCAACUCCAGAGAACCCCAAGAAGCCGAGGGCCUCCAGUAAUCACAACACUAACUCUGAGGCCAAAAAACAAAAUCCCAGCACUCAGACAGGCCCAGUGGGCUCAGCACCCUCGCCGCAUCUCUCACAGCUGUGUCACGGGGAAUCCAGCCAGUGUUCGGACAUGUCGAGUUAUGACGAGCCUCUGUCUCCCCUGUCCGUAGCCAGCUCUGGAGCUCAGAGGCUGCGUAAGGAGAGAGGAGCAGAUCAUGGCGAGGACCACAGCAGGGAGCUGCCCCUCCUUACCCAGCCCUUCAUGCCCAGCGACCCUACCAAAUGGAACGUGGAGGAAGUUUACGAGUUUAUCUGCUCACUACCAGGCUGCCAGGAGAUAGCUGAGGAGUUCCGUGCUCAGGAGAUUGAUGGCCAAGCCUUGCUGUUACUGAAAGAAGACCAUCUCAUGAGCACCAUGAACAUCAAACUAGGGCCUGCACUGAAAAUCUUUGCUCGCAUCAGUAUGCUAAAAGACUCGUAGCCUCUCCUUUGGGACUGAAUAUGCCCAAAACUCCUGCACUGAUUUCUCUUCAUAUCCCAUUACGGUUAUGAAAUCAAGAAGCCUUGGGCAGUAGCUCAGAGCCCAAGAGUUUAAGGCCAGACUUUUUCUUCCCAGCCUGCUGAGAAGUGAGGAGGGAAUGAUGUAGAGUCUGGUUAGCCUAGUCAUUACCCCAUAGGGGAACAAUCAGCUUGAUGAAACACAAGCACAAAUAUCUGGGCAUCUUAUUUAAGUUAUGUUCACAAAUGGCUGAUUCUGCACACAAGGGAAAGGUAAUAAAAUGCAUCAUGUGAACAGGUUUACAUUUCAGAACUGGAUUUUUUUUUUUUUUUUACAUGCCAAGGACUUGUUCAGGUGCUCAAUGAGUUUAGUUUCUUUACAGAUUUGUUUUUUUAAGUAUGAAAUGAACUUGCGUUAUAGCAAAACAGUGAAAAAGAUGUCGUCUUUUUGAUCAUUUUGUCUAUUUAUAUUGACUCCUGGGAUGAUGACCAGUGGGAAUAACUGAUGAGUUGGACUGUGUGUAGAUAAAAAAAGAAAAAAUGAUCAAUAUGUGCCUGCCAUGUCCCUAUUUAUCCCAAAGACUCACAUCAGCCGUACGGACGGACACGUCCGUUACCGGUCACAAUACAGAUAAUGUCAUUCUGCUUGUGGGCUAAAUUAAAUUUCUUUGCAACGUUGUUAGUAUUCCAAUUUUCACAUGAUCAGUAUUUUAUUUAUUAAAAGGAAGUAUGUCAUAGUUUUGUAUUUGGGAAUAAUUAAACUUUGUCAGUAUUG